GUGUAGUCAGUGGGUUAGUGGGUCCGUUGUGUAAUGUCAAGUGCAGCUGCAAUGCGGUUAUUAGUCCAAGGUGUGUGCAAGGUAACCGAAAACUGCAAUUCGGGUUAUGGCCGGUGAGUGGAGCCGAUAGUAUAAAGACUAAGUACUCCAAACUUAACAUCAGUUUGAAACAUGAUCUUCAACGUCUUGUUUGAGUUCGAGUCCAUCGCUGAGGGGAGGGAAGCUCUGGCGAAGCUUCGACGCCACUUCGAUGUUGUACCUUCAAAGACGUACGAAGUGGUAGAAGACGUCACCAGCUAUUCACCAGCUGGAAGAAUGGCGGCGGCUAUGCGCCACGAAUCACUGGUUCGAUACCGUGGGGGAAAGAGACCGACAGAGGGACAGGGCCCGCCUGUAAAAAAACAAUGUUUGACGCUCUGCUCCAUACUCAAUUCCCCCCCGCUGCAGCCACGCCCAGACACGUCCGAGCCGUCAACCUCUACAGCACCACCACAAGACAUACGACCUGCACCAUCAUCACCGAUCAUCAUAUCUGAUGAUGAUGAUGAUGAUGAUGAUGAUAAUGAACUGCCAGAGGAGUUGGAUCAAAUGAUAUCAACACUUUCAUCGUCGGGGUACAGCUCAUUGGAUGAUAAUGAGAUAAUCGAUUUAUUCAAAUAA